CAGUAUUUUUUGGCACUGCAAGCCAGGCCCGACUAACUUGAAUAUUCAGCAGCUAAAACAGCACUCUCCCGCUUCACCUGAAUGAGGUUUGGACCCCGUAGAUCUGCUAAGAGAAAGUGACAGAAACCCAGGAGUCGUCAGUCCCAUCGUGGCCACAGCAGACCCGACUGUGACAGCCGACGCUCAGCAGGAGGAAUGUCAACCCCCACCUCCAGAUAAGAUUUGACAGCUGAAAACUGAGGGAGGAGGAGGAGGAGGAGGGAGGUGAAGCUGCUAUUUUUAUCUUUCAUUCAGCCAGGGCCAACCAGAGAAAGAGAGAGAGAGAGAGACCCCUUCUCUCUUUCCGAUCUCUCCAGAAGGUUCUGGAGGUCCGAGCACAGCAUUAAGACCGGGAGAAGCCGACCGAGAGGCGAAGAAGAAGUCACACGAAACGACAGACCAACAUGGCUCUGCUGUGCUACAACAAAGGCUGUGGGCAGACGUUUGACCCUGACAAGAGCAACGAGGAAUCCUGCGUCCAUCAUCCAGGUGUUCCCAUCUUUCACGACGCUCUCAAGGGUUGGUCCUGCUGCAGGAAAAGGACAACAGACUUCUCAGAGUUUCUCUCCAUCAAGGGCUGCACCCGCGGGCGCCACAGCAGCGUGAAGCCCCAGGAGCCUCUGAGGCCGGAGGUGUCAUCAGAUAAGGGCGGGAUUAAGCACACCAACGACUCCGAGAUCAUCUACCAGGGACCCAAAUCUGCUGAGACGCUGCAGAAGGAGAGACCCAGUUCAGACGAGGCCAAGACCAAGCUGCCCUGCAAAGUGUCUGCGUCGCUGGUUCAGGCGCUGGAGAAGCUGGACAUCAGCAAGAAGGCCGAGAAGGAGAAGCGAGAGAGCCAAACUGUGAUGCCGGGGACCCGAUGCAAGAACACAGGAUGCAAAACCGUGUAUCAGGGCCCAGAGACGGACAUGGAGGUCUGCACCCACCACCCCGGAGCUCCCGUCUUCCACGAGGGGUAUAAGUACUGGAGCUGCUGCUGCAUAAAGACAAUAGAUUUCAACGCUUUCCUCGACCAGAAGGGCUGCAGCACGGGGAAGCACCGCUGGGUUCCAAAACAGGACAGGAAGAAGGUGGCGUGUCGACAUGACUGGCACCAGACAGGAAACAAUGUUGUCGUGACGAUUUAUGCCAAAAACACAAACCCAGACUUUUGUUCCAUAGAGGCCAACCGGACAGUGCUCUCCUGUCAAAUCCAAUUUGAGGACAAUAAGAUUUUUAAGAGGGACUUCCACCUCUGGGGCGUGGUGAAUGUGGACCAGAGUUCGGUCAACUUGGUCCCAUCCAAAGUGGAGAUCACCCUCCGCAAGGCCGACCAGGUGGCCUGGGGCAAACUGGAGGACCCCAACUACAAACCUGAGCCCGAGCCAGAGGAGUCCUCGGCUGAAACCACAGAGUCGCACCAGGCCGACUGGGACAUCGAAGAUGACGACAUCAGCGACUCGGACGAUGACUGGGCUUACGACACGCCACAGAAGAAGAAUGGCAAAGAUGAACAGAACAAAGGCGAAGGGAUGCCGAAUUUACAGAGGAAGGAGGUGGAGGAGGAAAUGAAGAAGGCGAUGGAGGAGAGAAAGAGGGCGGAGGAGGAGAGGAAGAAGCUGGAGGAGCAGAGAAGGCAGGAGGAAGGAGGAGAAUACGAAGACAUGCCAGACCUCGAGUAACUCCUGACAAACAAAAUGAAGAUUUGCAUUAGCAAGAUUGUUGAAACUGAUUUUUUGUAAUGAAACAAAUGUUAAAUUCUAGAACCAUUACAUCUGAUCUCUGUGUUUACUGGGUUCAAGUGAGUGAGGCUUUCCUCUUAAAAUGUGAAUAUAUUCAUGCACAGCUGGAUAAAAUGGUACAACAAAUAAAUUUAAGCAGAAAGAAUAA